UCAACGUGAUAUUCAGCUAUCAGUCACUGCCUUUCCAUGGCAGCCAGCGCAGAUAACAGCCCCUCUCCAGCCAAUCAUAAGGGCAGCUGGUGUUGCAAUAUCUGAAGCUAUUUUUCCUUAGUUGGACUUCAACUUAGUCACAGGUCAAAUCAAAGGAAGACGAGGGUGCAUCGGUGAGUGGAGGGAACGGGAAAGCUUCUGAAACACAGGAAAACAGAGGAACAGUUUUAGCUCCAUACUGAAAUUUCCGAAAAUGACAUUGGUCACAGGGACGGCACCAGGAGAAUGCUUGACCCCGGAACUGGACAGUGUGGAGCUCCUGGAUCUACUCUUUGAUCAACAGGAUGGGAUCCUUCGCCAUGAAAGCUUCGAGGCAAAUGACAGUGAGAGUGCAGACUGCUGGGAGAUGGCGCAGCCCAGUACCCACAGCGGGAGAAGUAGCGAGGAGAUCCUGUCAUCGAUCCUGGCUGAAGCAGUCCCUGACUCCCCGCUCUGGUCCUCGGCGGGCAGUGACAGCGGGAUAUCUGAGGACCACCUGUCUGAUCAGCUGGACAGCCCGCAGCAGUCAUCCAACAGCUCCCGCGACUUUGAGGGUUUCCAUAAGGAGCCGGCCUUUCACACUGGCCCAGAGACCUGCUGCUCAGACCGUUGGCCAGGAGCUCCAGAUAUUACAUACCCAGAUGUGGAUUUCUCCGUCAGCUUUGGUGAUUGGAACACUGAACUUCUUGAGGAAGGAGCACGGAACGUUCCAGCACAGACUGCCCCCAAGAAUUUCCUGGCACUCACCGUCAAGGACCUACUUCUCUCCAACGUGUCAGAGAAGAACCAACCGCAGCCGCACCACACCCGAGAACUGGUGCUCAACGAAGAUGAGAAGAAGCUGUUGUUGAAAGAAGGGGUCACACUUCCAUCACAGCUGCCGUUGACUAAGAUCGAUGAGUUUUCUUCCCUAUCCCAGCAAGAGGAACGGAUUUUGAAGAAGAUCAGGAGAAAGAUCCGGAAUAAACAGUCUGCACAAGAGAGCCGCAAGAAGAAAAAGGAAUACAUUGAUGGCUUAGAAAACAGGAUGGCUGCCUGCACAACUCAAAACCAUGAGCUACAGAGAAAGGUCAUCCAUCUGGAGAAGCAGAACAUGACACUGAUGCAGCAGCUGAGAAAACUCCAAGCCCUGGUCAUGCAAUCUACGGGCAAGAGCGCACAGACAAGCACAUGCAUUAUGGUGCUGGUGGUCUCCUUCAGUCUGAUCAUAUUCCCCAGCUUCAGCUCGGUCAGCACCGAUAAGGGUGCAAAUGAAGGCGACUUCACUCCUAUACGAGUAUUCUCUCGGUCAUUGCAUGAUGUGGAGUCAACCCGGGUGCUUCAGAUGUUGGCCAACCCUCGGUCCCCAGCAGAGAAGAACCAGGAAUGGAGUGAACAGCUGACCUUGGAGAGUAUUGGCGCAGGCAACAAGCAAGACCAAAUUGAGAAUAGCCAAGAACUCGCUGGGGUCAUUGGCAGUCUCGCUGUCGAUGGGUCCGACCCUUUGCUGAGGAAUGGCACUGCUUCCAAGGAUGUCACAGUCGUUGAAGAUCUUGACCCGGAAGACCACACUACAGAACAUGGCCAUUCAGUCUGGACUGAACUGAGCUCUUCUGGACUGACCCCUGACCAUGGAGAUGAAAUGUAGCGGUUUCUGAAUUAUGAAAAAUGUCUUAUUAAUUGAUAUUUAAAUUUGGCUGAUCGGGUUUUGAACACACGGGUGAGAUUGAAGUCUUUCCGUCAGAAUAUAUUCUACCAGUUCUCUCUCCAGAUUAGAAGCAGCCUCACAGUUCCAAAUUAACCAUUUUGCAGUCCAAAUAUAUGUUGAUCUUCCAUA